AUGGACAGAGUGAUUCAGCCACCCUUGGUGGACACAACAGCAUGCCUUUGUCGGGUAGAUGCAGGCCUCAAAACCGUUGCUGGAGCUAAAAAGUAUGUGCCAGGGACAAAGCUUUGUCUUCAGCCUGACAUCAAACCUUCAAUUCACCCCACAAGGCAGAAGCCACCACAUGACAGAAGCAGGAGUCAAUCCCCUCUGCUUCCUGGACUUCCUGAUGAUCUUGCCAUUGCUUGCUUGAUCCGUGUUCCAAGAAAUGAGCAUCGAAAGCUGCGGUUAGUCUGCAAGAGAUGGUAUCGUCUUUUGGCGGGUAAUUUCUUUUACUCACUACGGAAGAAUCUUGGAAUUGCAGAGGAAUGGAUAUAUGUCAUGAAGAAAGACCGAGAUAGAAAAAUAUCAUUGCAUGCCUUUGACCCCAUAUAUCAGCUUUGGCAGCCUCUCCCUCCCAUCCCCAAAGAAUAUUCUGAAGCCCUCGGUUUUGGGUGUGCUGUUCUUAGUGGUUGUCACCUCUAUUUGUUUGGUGGCAAAGAUCCAGUUAAAGGUUCAAUGAGGAGAGUCGUUUUUUAUAGUGCACGGAACAAUAAAUGGCAUCGAGCCCCAGAUAUGCUUCGGAGGCGACAGUUUUUUGGCUGUUGCGUUAUAAACAAUUGUUUGUAUGUAGCUGGUGGGGAGAAUGAGGGUGUUCACCGGUCCCUAAGGUCAGCCGAAGUUUAUGAUCCUAACAAGAACAGGUGGUCCUUCAUUUCUGAUAUGAGCACUGCAAUGAAUCCUUUUGUAGGGGUCGUUUACGAAGGCAAGUGGUUCUUGAAGGGGAUAGGUUCUCACCGACAGGUUUUGAGCGAGGUCUACCAACCUGAAACGGAUACCUGGUGCCCUAUCUAUGAUGGUAUGGUUGCAGGUUGGAGGAGCCCGAGCACUACGGUUAGUGGCCAUCUCUACGCGUUGGACUGCAAAGAUGGCUGCAAGCUUCGAGUAUAUGACGAAGCAACUGGUUCUUGGAGCAAACAGAUUGAUGGUAAAAUGCAUUUAGGGAACUCAAAAGCUUUAGAGGCUGCAGCACUUCUCCCUCUUAACGGGAAGUUAUGCAUCAUUCGGAACAACAUGAGUAUUUCACUAGUCGACGUCUCGAAAUCAGACCAUGGUAGGAACCGCUUCAAAAGUCACAUUGUUCACAGCCAGAAGAAGAAGGUAAAGAAGGUCUCUCAUAUCUCGACGUCUCGCCGCCUUCCACCACCGACCACCGGCGCCUCUCAUCUAUUUGGAAUAGAAAUGCUCAGAGCAUUCAUUGAAAAGGCAGCUUUCAAGAAACCCAAUAUUUAUUUUGCACAAUUCAAGUCGCUGAGAUGGAUGCAUAGUAGGAACAAGCAGUCCAUGGAGUUAAUUGCCAAAGGGUGGAGUGCUUUGCAGGAAGUUGAUAGAGUGAUUGAUUAUUGUGAACUUAAUGACAAGCGUCUCAUCCCUCUCCUUAGGACUGCAAAGGAGAACUUUGAAUUGGCCCUUGAAGCUGACAACUCAAACACUCAUGCUAGAUAUUGGUUGUCCAAUCUGCAUAUGAAAUACCAUGUACCUGGUGCAUGUAAAGCCGUAGGGGCUGCUUUGUUAGUGGAAGCUGCAGAGAUGGGUGAUCCAGAUGCACAGUAUGAACUGGGUUGCAGCCUAAGAGUUGAGAAUGACUAUGUUCAAUCAGAUCAGCGAGCUUUCUAUUAUCUGGAGAAGGCUGUUGAGCAGUUGCAUCCAGGUGCUCUCUACCUUUUAGGUGCUGUAUAUUUGACUGGGGAUUGCGUGAAAAAAGAUGAUGCCUCGGCAUUGUGGUGUUUCCAUAGGGCUUCUGAAAAGGGUCAUGCUGGUGCUGCUGUAGCCUAUGGAUCGCUUCUUCUUAGAGGUGUUCAAGUUCCGGAAUCGCUAACCAAAUUCAAUGUCAAGAGAGGAUCCUCCAAUCGAAAAUCAAGGAAGAAUGCUGGAAGCCCUGAACCUAAUCCAGUUGAGAUGGCAAAAGGACAAUUUGAGAUAGCUGCCAAUGCUGGAUGUGAUCUUGGAUUUAGAUGGUUGAAAAGACUCGAGGAGGAAGAAAAGAGACUGCUUGUUUCACAAUCAUGA